AUGGUUAAAUACACAGAAGAACAAUUAAUUGAAUACCAGGAAGAAGCUCAUGUGCCUCAACCACAAAUUCUCGACGCCUUCAACAAAAUGGUUGAGCUGGUGAAAGAACAUGCCGCUGCAGAAUUUGAAAAACAAAAGAAUAUCAAAUGGGGAAAUGGUGAUACCUAUAUUGAUGAACGUGGUAACGAAAGAUCGUACCAUCACAUGAACAGAAGAAGAGCUUCGCGUACUGGAACCAAGCCAAACUUAAGAAAGAAGAGUGUAGAUGCUGUCCACGUCGAUGAAGACGGUUGGGCAACCAUGUCCAAGCCAAAGAAGUCCUUCGGUGCUGAAGAAGGUGUUGAAGAAAGAACCAAGUUCAGAGAAGGCUUAAAAGAUGCCAGUCAAAUUAAGGUCAGACCAAACAACAAGAAUUUGGGUUCCUCGAAGGCCGUAGACCCAAGAGAUAUAAUCUCUGACAAACCAACCACUUCUUUCAAUGCCUUCGCUGCAUUGGGCGAUGACAGUGACGAUGACGAUGAAGACGACGAAUAA